AGGAAGCCGGCAGACUGAAGCAAGCCACAGAGGCAGGCUGCAACUCCAAACCCAAUGAGCUCGCAGCCCUCACGCUCGCACGCUCGACGCUCUCGCUUCAACCCUGGGACACAAGAGGAGGAAGGAGCGGAGGACAGACAGGGAGGCAGCGGGGUGUGAGGGAGACCACCAUGGCUUCAGAUCCGGGGCUGGCUACGAUGCUGCUGUGGACUAUUUCUCUCCAGACUGUGGGCACCGCGGGAACCAACACCAACGAAGUGAAUCUUCUCGACACAACGACCAUCACAGGAGACUGGGGGUGGCUGACGUACCCGUCACAUGGGUGGGAUGCCAUUAAUGAGAUGGACGAGUACUUCAGUCCCAUCCACACAUACCAGGUUUGUAACGUGAUGAGUCCCAGCCAGAACAACUGGCUGAAGACGGGCUGGAUCCCCCGGGAGGGAGCCCGGAGGAUCUACAUCGAGGUCAAGUUCACCCUGAGAGACUGCAACAGCAUGCCCGGAGUCCUGGGCACCUGCAAGGAAACCUUCAACCUGUAUUACUUUGAGUCGGACAGAGUGGCAGGCUCGUCCAUACGGGAGAACCAGUUCAUUAAGAUUGACACGAUUGCUGCUGACGAGAGCUUCACCGGAGUGGACCUGGGGGUCCGCAGACUUAAACUCAAUACCGAGGUGCGAGGUGUGGGACCCCUGAACCGGCAAGGCUUCUACCUGGCCUUCCAGGACAUUGGCGCCUGCAUCGCCCUCACCUCCGUGCGCGUCUACUACAAACGCUGCGUUGGCGUGAGCCGCAACCUGGCGGUUUUCACCAACGUGGUGACAGGGGCCGACUCGUCCUCUCUGGUGGAGGUCAGGGGUCAGUGCGUAGACCAUGCUGAGGAGAGGGACACGCCUAAGAUGUACUGCAGUGCGGAGGGCGAGUGGCUGGUGCCCAUAGGGAGGUGCGUGUGCUCGGCUGGCUUUGAGGAACACAGAGACUCCUGCGUUGCCUGUGAGGUGGGUUUCUAUAAACCGGUGGCAGGCGACGGCCCGUGUGGAAAGUGCCCUCAGCACAGCCACUCAGAGACCCGAGCCGCCGUCUCCUGCCCCUGCGACUCCAGCUACUACCGAGCUGCAGAUGACUCGCCGGCAGCGCCCUGCUCCCGCCCUCCGUCUGCUCCUGUCAGUGUCAUCUCCUCUGUCAAUGGGACCUCUGUGAACCUGGAGUGGGACCGUCCUCUGGACACCGGUGGGCGCAGCGAUCUUCUCUACAGUGUGUUGUGCCAGAAAUGUUCUGGAGACGGGCCUUGCGAGGACUGUGCCACUUCCCCGGGAGGCAGCAAUGGAGGGAAGCUGGGUGGAGGGGCGAGCAUCGGGAUCGGGGGAGGUGGGAUGGUGGAGCGUUUGGGCACUGCGGUGGUUCGGUUCGUCCCUCGGCAGAAGGCUUUGACGGAGCCUUGGGUGACGGUGCUGAACCUGGUAGCCCACACCAACUACUCCUUCCGCAUUCAGGCCACCAACGCUGUGACUCGCCUGAGCAAUGAACCAUCACUGUAUGCUGUGGUCAACAUCACCACAAACCAGGCAGCCCCCUCUGAGGUGUUCUCCAUACGCCAGGAGAACACCAGUCAGAACAGUGUGACCCUGCUGUGGCACGAACCCGACCAGCCCAAUGGAGUCAUCCUGGAGUACGACAUCAAGUACUACGAGAAGGACAAUGAAGAGCAGAGUUACUCCACGCUGAAGUCUAGAAACACCAGCGCCCGGGUAUCGGGCCUGAAGCCAGGAACCAGGUACAUCUUCCAGAUCCGAGCCAGAACAUCUGCAGGCUGUGGACGCUUCAGCCAGAAUGUGGAGAUCCAGACGGGACGAGCAGCUCCUCUGCGUUAUAACUCUAUGACCAUCCUCUGGAUCUGCAUGGCCCUGGUGUCCGGCCUGGUCGCCUUCCUGGCCAUCAUCAUCUGCAGGAAACGGCAAGGCUACACUUUACCACACUACCCAUCGCUGCUACACUGUGGCUACAGCAAGGCCUUCCAGGACUCUGAUGAGGAGAAGAUGCAUUACCAGAAUGGUCACGUGUCAUUCCCCGAUGCGAGAUUCUAUAUCGACCCACACACUUAUGAGGACCCCUGCCAGGCCGUCCAUGAGUUUGCCCGAGAAAUUGAAGCUUCCAGGAUCAAAAUAGAGAAAAUCAUUGGCUCAGGAGAGUUUGGGGAGGUGUGCUAUGGACGUAUGAGAUUGCCGGGGAAACGAGACAUUCCAGUGGCGCUGAAGACCCUGAAGGCCGGAUACACAGAGAAGCAGAAGAGAGACUUCCUGGCCGAGGCGUCCAUAAUGGCCCAGUUUGACCACCCGAAUGUCAUCCACCUUGAGGGAGUGGUAACUCACAGCAAACCAGUGAUGAUCAUCACAGAAUACAUGGAGAAUGGCUCUCUAGACUCCUUCCUCAGGAGACACGAUGGCCAGUUCACCAUCAUCCAGCUGGUGGGGUUGCUGCGCGGCAUCGCGGCAGGUAUGACCUACCUGUCUGACCUGGGCUACAUCCACCGAGACCUGGCCGCCCGUAACAUCCUGGUGAACAGCAACCUGGUGUGUAAGGUGUGUGACUUUGGGCUGUCCAGAGUCCUGGAGGACGACCCCGACGCUGCAUACACCACCAGUGUGAGUUUUCACAUUGAGGGAGGGAAGAUCCCCAUCCGAUGGACGGCCCCGGAGGCCAUCACAUACAGAAAGUUCUCCUCCUCCAGCGAUGUGUGGAGCUACGGUGUGGUAAUGUGGGAGGUGAUGUCUUACGGAGAGCGGCCAUACUGGAAUCUCACCAACAGAGAUGUGAUCAAGUCGGUGGAGGAGGGCUACAGGCUGCCGGCUCCGAUGGGCUGCCCUGCUGCUCUGCACACGCUCAUGCUGGACUGCUGGCAGAAGGACCGCAACGAGAGGCCACGCUUCUGCCAGAUAGUUACUGUCCUCGACAAGCUAAUCCGCAACCCGGAGAACCUGAAGUCCAUGGAUACGCUCUGCAGUUUAAACAGCCCUCCGCUGAUGGAGAGAGCCAUCCCUGACUUCAGCAGCUGUAACUCAGUAGACGAGUGGCUGGACACCAUAAAGAUGGGCCGCUACAAGGAGCACUUUGCUGCAGGGGGCUUCCACACUCUGGGUCACGUCAUUAGCAUGAAGCAGGGAGACAUCCAGAGGCUCGGGGUGACGUUGAUGGGCCAUCAGAAGAAGAUCAUGACCAGCGUCCAGCUGAUGAGGGCACAAGCCCUCAACAAGAGCGUCCCAUCAGUGCAUGUAUAACUUCCAAGCAGAGGUUUCACCUGCUCAGAUGUGGAAACCAAGGCUUCUCUUAGGUUGAGAAGGACUCCAGGGGAAUGAAGAUCAUCAGAUAAACAGGAAAUGCUGGAAUUUUACGAAACUUUCACUUGGAAGAUAAAAGGACUAAAUAUGAUAAAAGGACUAAAUAUGAGAGGUUUUAUCAGCAGAUCAAGUUAACAUGGCUUGAUUGGGACUAACUUUUCUGUUUUCUCUUCCUACCAAGUUAAAUUUUCUGUCUUGUUCAUGAAUGGAAAGACUGCCUUAAUUACCACAAAUUAUUUUCAUUUUAUUGUCUACCAAGAGAAGAUAAUUUAUCAAGAAUUUAUAAGAGUAAUAUGAUUUACGGGGACAGAAAAGCAGAUUGAAGACAUGAAGCUUGAGCCAGAAAAACGCUGGAUGGGGCUCAGCAUGGAGAAGGCCUCCUUCACCCUGGGAUGUGAAUGCCAACAACCAGCUCGUUUCUGCACCAUCCACCCUCCAUGAAUAAGCCGGGGGAGCUGCUGCGCCCCCACCCAGUCUGAAGCUGCAUAGCAUGGCAGAUGUGUGUGAUUCAGUUACCGUGCACUUUAUUCUACAAUCUCUGCUUGUUGUAGAGGUCACAGAUCUCUUUGCAGCCAUGGCUGGAGCCACAACAUCAGGCCUUGUUUUAGAAAUAUUAAUUCAAUACAAUAUAAAACCCAGUAAGAGAAAUCUAACAAUCAUUAGUGAUGUAAUUACCUCGUUUGUGGGAUUUCUAUCAAAACUAUUGUCUGUGCCAGUAAACAUAAAAAGAAAAAAUAUUCAGAUUCCACACAACAUUUUGAAACAAAUAUUGGCCGUUUUAGAUUGUGAUGAAUACUAAUUUAGGGUUGUUUUUUU